AUGGCGUUCAUCCCGCGGCUCGGUAGCGCAUUCGGGCUGCUUUCCCAGCAGGCCACUGCUCUGGUUGGCCCGAGUAAUGCUCCUCGCACGUUCGUGACCUCGGCUGUCGCAUGUGCAGCAGCCAAGAAGCCAGCACAGGUCAAGAAGAAGGCCGUUGUCAAGAAAAAGGCCACCCAUUCGGGUCCAAGAUCUACCGGUGGUCGUCGUAAAGGUGGUGCCGACUCGUCUGCUGGUCUUUCCAAGACAUCCGAGUUCCAUGUCGAUGCUCCGGAUAUGUCGCACCUGCCGCUGCUUCACGCCGAAAGCCUUACUGCUACAUCGGCUGCGCAAACGUAUGCAUUCAACGACCAGACACUCUCGGCUUUCAAAGCAUUCGGACUGCCACAGGGGCUCGAAAGGGAGCUUGCAAACCAACCGAAGCCGCGCUCGUUGGUGCGCAAGCAGACGCUGGAAUUGCUGGACAAGCUCGAUGCGGCGUCCAAGGCAAUGAAGGGUGAAAGCAUCGUGUUGGAUGGAAGAGGAGGGAGCGGAAAAUCAAUGUUGCUAGCACAGUCGAUCGCCUACGCUCUGGACGAUGGUUGGGUGGUCGUCUCGGUACCCAGGGCCAUCAACUUGAUCAACUCGUCCACUCUCUACACUUACAACGCUCAGCACCAGGCAUACCUGCAACCGGAAGCUACCACACAGCUGUUGGAAGCUAUUCUCAAGGUCAAUGGUGCAGCUGCGAAGCAGAUUAAAUCUGCAGAGGCAGUCGAAGUUGACGGAAGCAAGAUCGACGCAGGAACCCCACUCGAGACGCUUCUGAAGCGGGGGAUGGAUGACUCGUCUUCUGCAGCGGCCAAGCAGACAUUGCUCGAAGCCGUUUUCAAGACGCUGUCCAGUCAGAGCGAACGUCCAGUCUUGGUAGCAGUUGACGAUGCGCAAGCGCUCUUCCGUACGUCGCUCUACAAGGACCCUGACUUUAUCAACCUGGAAUCGUUCGAGCUUGGUAUACCGCGCGCAUUGCUAUCUCUGCUCAUCUCGCCCUCAUCCGCCAUCAGCCGAGGAGUCUUCAUUGCAGCACUGUCCACGACGCACACCGAAUUUCCUUCCCCACCCGAACUGCAAAACGCGCUUUCCGAGAAAUCGUCGUCCGAUGGCACGUCAAAGUUGUUGACGCAGGCCAUCAACGCUUACACCAAACUCAACGCACAUCACCUCGAACACGCUCGCAAAGUGGUCAAGCACGCCGAUGUGGUAGACACCUCCAAGCCGCUUACCAAGGAGGAGGCGGCCGCGAUCUUUGCGCAGCUCAGGGACGAAAGGAGAUACUGGAGCGCGGUGAACGACGAGCUCUUCCUGGAAAAGCUGGUCGAGUCGAACGGUAAUGUUAGGCUGUUUAGCAAGAGCCUGGUCUCGACGCUCUUGUAA